GAAGUGUAUGUGUUAACAGUGGGUGCCUGACAGUGUCGUAAAGCUUUCUGCGGAGAACUUUGACGAUGGUGUCCUCUGCAGUCAUGUCCCUGACGUUGUUGUGGCUUCAGUUUGGGACUGGAAUAAGUUCUCAUAAACAUGAAGAUCAUUAUAUUAGUCAACAGCACAACCCUGAAUACGACAUGAAUGUCCUGUUGGGCGAUGAGGACACAGAAGAGAUAAAGAAACUUAGUCCAGUGGAGCAAAGGAAAAAAAUGAUGGAAAUUAUAAAGAAGAUUGAUACAAAUUCUGACAAUCUGCUGAAUGCAGAGGAGCUCAUUUCGUGGAUACAGCAAGUCUACAGAAAAUAUGCUCUGGAGGAUGCAGAGGAGCGAUUCCUGAAAUUCGACACAAAUAAAGAUGGAGUUGUAACGUGGGAGGAAUACAGUACGGUUGCUCAUGGACAGCUCCUUAAUUUGGAUGACAACACUGAGGAUCCCGAAGAACAGUCUCUCAGACAUCUCCUUCUAAAAGAGAAGAGACGCUUUGAUUUUGCAAAUGUGGAUGGUUCUAUGGGUCUGAAUGUGACAGAGUUUCUUGCCUUCACUCAUCCAUCUGAAGUGGAUCACAUGGCUGAUUUUGCCAUUGAAGAUGUGUUGAGUGAGUAUGACACUGAUAAAGAUGGGCUGAUACAUCUCAGUGAAUUUAUUGGAGAUGUCCGUGGUGAAGAGGACACACCUUCACAGUGGGAGAUUGAAGAAACUGUGCGGUUUAAUGAGCUCUAUGAUGAAGACAAAGAUGGCGUGUUGAAUCGAGCAGAGCAGCUCCGCUGGGUUGCCCCAAACGGCUACGGUUCUGCCCGAGAAGAGGCGCUUCACCUCAUUAAGGAAAUGGACCUUGAUGAAGACGGGCAGCUGUCACAGGCUGAGAUUUUGAACAAUCAAGAAUUGUUCAUGAACAGUGAAGUGACGGACUAUGGGCGGCAGUUACAUGUAUCACAUGAUGAAUUAUGAAAACAGUCUCAUAUUCUUGUGUGUUUUGUUAUUAUUUUAUUUUAGUAUUUUCUAUGCGUGUCUGAGAUUAAAAUUGGUCAUGGUGAGAU